UGUGUGUGUGUGUGUGUGUGUGUUUGCGUUGUGUUCAGUCAGACUGCUGUUAGCAUUAGCUUUAGCAUCAGGCCUGUUAGCCGCGCUUCGGUGUUCCGCGUUUAUUUAAUUUCUGCACUAAUCACGGAUUAAUAAUCAUUAAACCGAACCCUCUGUAGCUCGUUCAGUCGUUGUCCUCACUAUCUGUGUGUGUGUUUGAUUCGGUCUGGCUUUAACAGCGGUGUGUGUGUGUGUGUGUGUGUGUGUGUGUGUGUGUGUGAAAGCUAGCAUCGAUACACCGCAGUCUCAAUCCACAUUUACAUCUGCUCCGAUAUCUCAUCGAUGUCACCUCCAGCUCUUCUGUCUGAUCCACGCGCUUCUCAAGCAGUGUAUCAACACCUGAUCAGUCUCUGUUCACUCGUUUCUUUACUCUUUACUCUGACUUUACACCAUCCCUCUGUAGGCUAUUUAUUUACCUUUUUAAUUUACACCUCAUGUCAGUGAUUUUACCCUCAUCUGACUGAUGUUACACCUCAUUCUGUGUGAUUUUCUCACCCUAAUCUGACCGGUUUGUACCCUCCUCUGGCUGUAUGUACUCAUGUUCUUUGCAUGUGCAGCGUCUCUGUCAGAUGUGAGCUCGUCUGUGUGCUUGUACAGUCUUCUGGCUGUAUGUACUCGUGUCUCAGUAGUUUCUCUCUGUACCCUGCUGUGUCCGUGCUCCGGAGCGAGAGCUGCUGGCGUCCGUGUGCGCGUGAAGAUGCUGUAGACACAUCUGCAUUUGCAUCUGUGACCUUUGACCCCUGAGCCCGAACACUGACCCGUGCCUGGACGGCGUCCACCACGCUCCAGAACCAUGUGAGGGCCUUUCAGUGCCUCUCUGAGCUCCGCCUGUAACCCCGCCCCAGCUGAUACAAGCCCCACCCUCCCUCUAGCCCCGCCCCCGCCCCUGAAGAAACUGGCCAUGAUGUUCCGGGACCAAGUGGGGAUCCUGACGGACUGGUUUAAGGGUUGGAACGAGUGUGAGCAGACGGUGGCGCUGCUGUCGCUGCUGAAGCGUGUCUCUCGGACGCAGGCCCGCUUCCUGCACAUCUGUCUGGACCACUGGCUGGCCGACUGCACCGAGAUACACAUACUGGAGGCAGAGGCCAACAAUGCAGCUGUGGUCAGUCAGUGGCAGCAGGAGCCCAAGGAGAAGGCGGUGUCGCUGCUGCUAUCCCAUCUGCCCCUGCUGCAGCCGCGCAACAGCGAAGCCAAGUGUGAAUACAUGAAGCUGCUGCAGAAGGUGCUGAGCCACACCAUCGAGAGCAGCCUGUUCGUGGAGGAGAGUCGCCAGCUGCUGUCCUACGCCCUCAUCCACCCGGCCACCACCCUCGAUGACCGCAACUCUCUGGCCCUGUGGCUCAAUCACCUGGAGGAGCACCUGUCCUCGCGGCCGCCUCCGCCCGGCCCGUACCAUCACGCCCGGCAGGGCUCCGACGAGUGGCCCUGCUCCGCCGAGUCUCUGGAGCCGGCGUACGGCUGGCAGGAGAAGCUGCCAUCCAGCUGCAGUUCACCGGCCGGUCAGAACGGACACAUGGCUUUCCCUGGACCGGGCGGAGUGACCUCACCUGUCAACAGCAGCGCAGGACUGACUGGUCAGGUGCAGCCGAGCCCACUCAAGCCCUCCAUGUCACUCACACCCGCCAAUCAGCCGGCAUGCAGCUCUGAUUGGCUGAGCCAGGAGGAGGGGGGCGGGUGUCAGGGCGUGUCCGGAGCAGAACACGCCCCUCUGUCGCCGCAGAGCAGUGUGGCGUCUUCAGGCAGCGAGCAGACGGAGGAGCAGAGCAACACACGCAACACUUUCCAGGAGGACGGCAGCGGGAUGAAAGACGUGCCGGCCUGGCUGAAGAGUCUCCGUCUGCAUAAAUACGCGUCGCUCUUUUCUCAGAUGACGUAUGAAGAAAUGAUGAUCCUCACAGAGCAGCACCUGGAGUCACAGAACGUGACGAAAGGAGCGCGCCACAAGAUCGCUCUGAGCAUCCAGAAGCUCAGAGAGCGACAGAGCGUCCUCAAAUCUCUCGAAAAGGAUAUUCUGGAAGGCGGGAACGUUCGGAAUGCUUUACAAGAGCUUCAGCAGAUCAUCAUCACGCCAAUCAAAGUCUAUGCCCCGCCCACUGCGGCCCAGAAGGAGGUGGAGCCUGUCGAUAAAGCAGCCAAUCCCAGUGAAGAGAAGGAGAGCGAGGGCUUCCAGACCCACAAUCCUCCAGCGUGUGACGGAGAGUCGCCGUCUGCACCCAUCGGUGACGGAGACAUCGCAGGACAGUUCACGCGUGUGAUGGGGAAAGUGUGUACGCAGCUGCUGGUGUCCAGACCGGACGAGGAGAACAUCAGCUGUUACCUGCAGCUCAUAGAGAAGUGUCUGACACACGAGGCGUUUACAGAGACGCAGAAGAAGCGGCUGUUGUCAUGGAAACAGCAGGUGCUGAAGCUGCUCCGCCUCUUCCCGCGGAAGACCGUGAUGGACAGCAGCGUGUACCGGAGAGGGUGGCAGCAGUACGGAUCCAACUCUCUGCCCACAGCUGGAUCUGUGAGCGCAGGCUUGGGCAGACAGCGCCAGAGGCCCUUCCAGAUGCCCCCCCGAGGAGCUCCUCCACCCGGACGCAUGGGUCUGAUGAGCGCCGGCGGUCUGACCGGAGCAUCGCCCCGACACUCGCUCGCUAACCCCCCCGCCGCCGUCAGCGCACAGGGCCGACAGAAUCUGUGGUUUGGGAAUCCUGGAGGCAGUAACAGCAUGCCGAGCCAGAGCAGAAGUUCGGUGCAGAGAACUCAUUCACUUCCUGUCCACACGUCUCCUCAGACCAUGCUCCUGUUCCAGCAACAAGAAUGCCAAGUUCCAGGGACUGAUCUGGAGAUCAACCCCACGCUGGAGUCUCUGUGCCUCAGCAUGACAGAGCACGCCUUAGGAGAUGGAAUGGACAGAACGUCGACGAUAUGAGACUCAAGCGGGUGGAAGAACAGAAUGAAGACUGCGCUGUGCUCCAGUAGCCCAGCACACACACACAAACAACACGAGUCACUACAGACCACACACAACUAACUGUGUAUAUGUUCUCUAAUAUUUUUCUACUUUAUUGUACUUAACUAAGUUUAUUAUAAAGGAAAUACAGAAACUAUUAUAUUGCGGAAGGGAGAGCAGGAUGAGCGUCAUUAGCUGGAUGUGCGUGACCGCGAGGAAUGAUGGUGCUUAUGGUCUGAGCGAGACCUUCUGCUGAGCCGCGGUCAGUAUCCGUUCGUCGUCCGAUGGCCGUUUACAUCCACUUCCUGUGUCCAUCUGCUUGCAUGAACUCUCACUUCCUCCUGUGCUUUUCUGUGUUUAGACGGCAGGUUUAAAGAGUCGCGCCGCUGACUUCAGGCGUCCCUGUGUUUAUCUGUUAUGAUGCGUUCUUAUUUCUGUCCAGGUACAAGAGGUUUCUUAGCACUUACACGUGAGAUGUUUACCAGGCGUCACUACAGCCGCGAGCGUUUCCUGAGUUUGUAAAUACGCAGGUAUAGGAAAAUCAUAAUAUGACCCGAGAGACUUUAUCCAAAUGAUUUUUAUACACAGAUCUAUGAAAUAAAGACACGAGGCGUGACCGUCGAGAGAUCGAGCUGUGCUCGUCUGUAGCUCCGCCCCUCCGUGACUGACAGGGACGUCCGCCAAUGACAGACUCCGCCUCGUACUGACUGAUGCAAAAACCCACCAAUCAGAUUCCAUUUCAUUGUCGUCGUCAUCUUUGAUUUCCUCCUCGCAGCGGUGCUUUCUUUGGAUUCAUUUGUGGUGUGUUUUCUCUCUGAAUGGUACAGUCUGUGAAAAUCCCAUUCGGCCUUACGGAGCAUCAGCGCUGUGUGUGUGUGUGUGUGUGUUUUAUACGUCUCUCAGACGCUGUUCUAUGUCUAGUAAAACUGUAUUGACUGAAAAACAGGCUUGUUUGCUUUAUUCGUGUAAUGAUUCGGUCUGCUGCGUCACUGCCGUGUGUCUGUAGAGCUGAAACCACUCAAGAACUCGUCCUGCUCACAUCACUCUAAAAUCACGAAAAUAAAUACUUUUCAUAAAGAAAAGGAAGCCUGUUUUCUGUAUAAACUUGUUUCUGCCAUGGCAUAAAAAAAGAAAAGGUAAUUGCAACUUUUUAUCUCACAAUUCUGACUUUUCUCAAGUUUGUCGUUCAGUUCUGAGAAAAAAAGAACAUAAUUGCUUGCUUUUUUUAUUCCGUGGUUUAUUCACGAUCUGUAUUCGGAAAACAAAAAUCAGAAUUUCAAGAUAUAAACAUGGCAUUGUGAGGAGAAAGUCAGAGUUUGUCGCAGUUCUGACUAAACAAUUAUUAUUUUUAAUUGUGAGGAAAAACAUUGCCGUUCCCUUUGUUUUUAUCCCGUUGCAGAAACAGGCUUCCAUGAUUUUGUGAAAUAUAAUGGAUUGUUUGUGUUGCUUCAUGACUGUUGCACUUUCCCAGAUUACUGUAAUACCAGAAAUAUCACAAUUUGUUUAAUCUACAGCAUGAUAUACACUUAAUGAAUGCUGUCCAGACAAGAAAGUUGUGGUUAUAAGAGUGAGGUUUGUUUACAGUGCUGGAGGGUCAUGAAGGUUUAGUGGUGAUCUGUGAGCCAGACGGAUCGUCUGUGAGAUGGAAGCGUGUCUGUGUCUCAGUCGUUCAGGAUCACUUCACACUCCGCCUGCGCUUCAGUCCUCCAUCCCCUUCAUUCAGAGCGCAGCACGGUCUCGUGUACUUCCUGUUGGAGACCAAACCCAUCCGUGAGAGCGAGUCGGAGUCAGCAGCUGGAGUCUGAUGUUUAUCUGUGUGUGGAACAGCCUGGCGCUGCUUCACACCGCAGCUCUCUGUCUUAAUCGAUCGUUUCAUUAGCGUGGGUCAUAACGGGGUCAGGAACCCUUGGAGGAAACUGAACUUACUGAAAGCAGCUUCCUCUGCAUCCAUGUGAGGAUGAGAAGCUUUACUGGAGGGAAUCAUUCCAAAGAUGUGAGCUCACUGUCCUUCUGUCUGUCUCUGUCUCUGUCUCUCUGUCUCUGUCUCUCUGUCUCUGUCUCUCUGUCUCUCUGUCUCUGUGUCUCUGUCUCUGUGUCUGUGUCUGUGUCUCUGUCUCUGUCUGUCUCUCUCCCGGUGAGACCUCGACUGUGAACCUCGGUACCGUCUGCAGGGCUACUACUUGACAUCAGACACAGAUGAAAGGCGCUUGGCAUGAGAUAUUAUUAUUAUUAUUAUUAUUGUUAUUAUUAAUAUUAUUAUUACUGACAUCUGGAGUGAUGGGACUUGUGUGUGUUGCUCUGUUUGGUUCAAUUCUUCUAAUAUCUUUGUCAUGCUUCUUACCUGAAUGGACAUCAGAAUGGUAAUAAAUUGUUCAUGUUUUGCAUUUACCGAAA